AAAGUCCUGAGCUGUGAUCCUGUGAAAUCCCCGUCCAGGUUCCAAGAUGAACCUAUGGAGACCAUCUUUUCUGGUGUUCUUUGCAGUGACCUCUGAGGGACUGCUCACAGAGCCCCAGGAGGGCAGUGUUGCUGGAGGAACGUGGAUUACUGUCACUCUGGAUGACUCAGCAUCCCAUGAGCUAGAACAUCUCUCUCCAGCCAGCUGGCCCCACCUGGAGGUGUCCCUGGUGAAUGCAGACCUGCCCACGUUGCCGUGUGAUGUCACUCCUGUGUAUUUUGACUUAUCCAUCAUAAGAUGUAGAACAAGGUCUUCACCCCAGGAGGGUUUGUACUAUGUGGAGGUGAGCUUUAAAGGACGCGUGAUUAACAACCUGACUGGGGUGGAGAAAGAAAACUAUGCUUUCAAGUUUUCUGCUCUGCAGACUCCUGUGGUUUACCAAAUUAGCCCGCCAUCUGGCAUCCCAGGAAAUUUAAUAGAGAUCUAUGGGAAGACAAUUGCUGGGAGAUAUGAGACCCUGGACUUCAAUGUGGAUUAUAUUGAUGGACCAGCUGUCCUUGUGGCAGAAGGAGAUGGAUGGACCAGCCUCUGCUCUUUUGCUGACGGGCAAGCAGGAAACAUCUAUUCCAUUCACACAAAAGAAGGACUGGGAACCAUGCAGUGCCGGGUGGAAGGGAACCACAUAGGGUCCCACAAUGUCAGCUUCUCAGUGUUUAACAAAGGAAAGUCAGUGAUAGACAAAGAUGCUUGGCUCAUCAGUGCCAAGCAGGAGCUUUUCUUGUACCAAACGCAUUCAGAAAUAGCCUCUGUGUUCCCAGCGGCUGGAAGUCUUGCAGGAGGAACUGACCUCACCAUUACAGGGGAUUUUUUUGAGGAGCCCGUGCAGGUCACUGCUGCAGGCGUCCCCUGUAAAGUCAAGCAUGUUUCUCCCCGGCAAAUCAUCUGCACCACUGAGGCUGUGGGCAGGAGCAGGAUGCUUGGUGCCCCCCAGCCAGGAAAUCGGGGGCUUCUCUUUGAAGUCUGGGAUGACGCCUCUGAUCUGACAGAAGCAGGGCCUGGAUAUAGAUGGCAGUUUGUACCUAGUGCCCAAUCCCCAGUAAGAUUUCUGUCUGCAGCAAAGCAGUCCUUCAGCUCCAGGCUUCGUGGAUUUUUUGUGGCUCCUCAGACCAACAAUUACACCUUCUGGAUCCAGGCAGAUGGUCCGGCAUCUCUGUACUUGAGUCCAUCCCAAGACCCACAGCAUAAGGUGAGAAUUGCUGCUCUCCCAGCUGGCAAUUUGGAAUGGUCUGGAAAGUGGGUGAAGAACUGGAGCGAGAGUUGGCAGCCAAAAUCCCAGAAAUUUGAGCUAACUGCUGGCCUGAGGUACUACUUGGAAGCAUUGCAUCAUGGAAGGGCACCUAGCAAUGGGAUGAGAGUUGGAGUCCAGAUACACAACACCUGGCUGAAUCCCCAGGUGGUGAACAACUACUACAUUGAGAGACAUGAAAUUUGGGCUCAUGCCUUGUAUCUUCCAGAUGUACAGAUGCUGACUGUGUCUGGCACGGGAUGGUUCAGUAUCUCCUGGAGCAAUGCACCCCGCAGAAUGAUCCACACAAAUUCCACUGCUCUUCAGGUCCAAGCAGCAAUAGAGGAACUUCUUUCAGUUGGGUGUGACAUUGAGCCAACUGCUGCUAAAAUACUCUUCCAUGAUGGCUUUGAGAAACAAGGUACAGAAAACUCUGUCACCACAGAACGUGUUGUCUAUGGAACAGAGCCCUUCUGUGGGAGGUUCAGUGCUUGCAGCCCAAGCCAGCUGAUGAAAGCUUCUCCAUCAUCUCUACAAAGAUAUGACCUUACUGAGUACACACAUGUUUGUUUUGCACAUAAAGGCCACAUGAGCAACGUCCUUCAUAUCUCAGUGUCCUACACCAACCUUUCCUUAUCUUCAGUGGAAAGAAACCUCACCUGCCAGUGGGAUUUCGAUGGCAGUGACCCCACAAGCUGGACGUUCUCCUGCACUGACCUCUGGACAGGGUGUGUGAGUCGCUCUGUGCCUCUCCAGGACCUUCUCAUCAACACCCCGGUGUUUGUACAUCAGAUUGACUUGCUGAGCAUCCAGCAGAAGGAAAACGCUGGGUUGUUCUACCUUGAUGAAGUCAUCAUCACAGACAGAGCUGUGAAUGUUUCUCAGAGGGAUCCCAAACCACGUAGGCUGGGUGGGCGGAUAAUAGAAGCAGUAACUGUGGUGGGGUCUUCUCCUACUUACAAUGUGUCCUGGCUGGUGUCUGGCUGUGGUGCAAGUCUGCCUCUUCUCUCCUUAAGAGGUGCAGUGCUCUGCGAGGGCUCUGAGGAGGACGGCCAGCUCUACGUCUCCACGGAGGAUGUGAGAGUCAGCAUCACCAUUCAGAUGCUCCAGGUGUCAUCUCCACCUCUUGGAGGGACCUUCUGCAUACGCCUGGGAAGCACAGUGAUAUCAGAUGUUUCUGUGCACAUCUCCUCCCACCAGCUCCGCAGGCUUCUGCAAACCAACACAGACAGUUCUACAGCCCCAUACUUCAACACCAGUGACUUCAUCGUGACCAAAGACUCAGAGACUUGCUAUGAAAGCAUCUGGACUCUCACCUGGAGAGCAAAAGCUGGGGACCUGCCCAAUGUUAUCAAUGUCUCUGCUGAAAACCUCAGUGGUCUGAAGCCAGCUGUUUCCAGUCGUGUGGUUUAUGAUGGGGGUGUCUUUAUUGGGCCAAUAUUUGGGGACGUGCUUGCUACCUCCAAUAACAAAACACAGGUGGUGGUGGUGGUGAAUGAUGUCCCAGCAAACUGUUCUGGUUCCUGCUCUUUCCAGUUCAGCCGGGAAGUGACACCCUUAGUCAGUGAUGUGGAGUAUUCAGCAGACGACGGAUUCCAGGCCACAGUAGUUAUCAGGGGAGUUGGUUUCUCUGAGGAGAACACAACCCUGCAGGUACAGGUGAAGAACACAACUUGCUACAUCGUAAUGUCAAAUCAAACCAAAGUGGUCUGCGUGAUGGAGAGGCUGCCACUUGGAGUCCACCAGCUGACAUUACUAGUGAGGCCUUAUGGCUUUGCACUCAAUGCCAGCACAGGAGAAGGCAUCUUCCUAAGAGUUGAGCCCAGGCUGGUUGCCAUUGAACCUCCCAGAGCAUCAGAAAUUGGAGGACUGAGAGUGGCUCUCAGGGGGACUGGCCUGGAAGGGGUAGACCUGGUGUUGUUUGGAUCUCAGCCUUGCCCAGUUUUGGAGGAUACCAGAAGUUCAACACAAAUUGAAUGUAAAGUUCCCUCCCGGGGGGCAGAAGAUGCUGCUGUCCAUGUGACACUAGUUUCUGGGUACCAAUCAACAGCAUUCACCAACUUGUUCCAGUAUGACCCUUCCUUAAACCCUGCAAUUGUAUCACUGAGCAGAAACAGAAGUGGCUUAGCAGGGGGCCAGGAGCUUCAGAUUGGAAUAUCCUCAUUUGCGAACUACCGAGGGUCAGAUAUCAAGGUCCAAAUUGGGGGCGUGUGGGCACAGAUCCAGGUGCAGAUGGACAGUGGUCUUAAUGUGACGCUUCCAGCCUUGGCUGUGGGAUGGUACAACGUUUCUGUUAUCAUCAAUGGCGUUGCUAUUGCUUCAAACAGGGUUGAGCCAUUAAUCCACUACAUCUCGGAGGUCUUCAGCAUCGAGCCGUGUUGCGGCUCUUUCCUGGGUGGAACACUGCUCACAAUCUCAGGGCUGGGCUUUAGCCAAAAUCGGUCCCUGGUUUCCGUUUCAGUAAAUGAACAAACCUGUCUGGUUACCCGCUUGGCAGAAGAGACCAUUUGGUGUCUGACCCCGCCAGCUGCUAAUUUCUCUAAUGAAGUUUCUCAAGAUGUCCCUGUCAGAGUAAAUAUACUCAUUAGCAAUAGCUCAUUUCAAAACGUUCCUGCUGCAAAAAGCAUCACCUUUAAUUACCAAAGAGCUUUGACACCUCUGGUUACCACAGUUGAACUGGAAAUUUUGGAGAGUAGCCUGUUCUUGAGCAUCCAGGGGGUAAACAUCACUGGAUCUGUGGCUAAGCUGGGAGACAGCGAGUGUGAGCUUGAGCUGCAACGUGGCAAUGAGUCUGCAGUGUUUUAUGAAUGCUCUUUACCACUGAGCAACCUGGAACCUGGUAUUUACCCUAUCCAGGUUAUCCAGAGACAGCUUGGAUAUUCUCACGUGACAGCAAGGCUGCAGACCAUCACAGUAACUCCACGGAUAACCUCCAUAUUCCCAUCAGAUGGGUCUGUUUGUGGUGGGAUGUUAAUUACUAUAUCAGGGAUUGCUUUAAGAUCCAGAACAGAUCCGGGACAGGUCAGCCUGGAUGGUAAUUAUUCCUGUGAGCUCCAGAGCUCUGACAACAAUAGCAUUAAGUGCAUGGUCCUUUCAGGGACACACCUUUUGCCUUACCAGUGGUGGGCUGAGGUGUCUUGGGCUCUUAAUGUCACAGUGACUGUCAAUGGAAUCAGCAGUGUCUGCCUUGGGGAUUGUAUGCUCCACCUUCACGAGCAGUCAACUCCCCUUGUAGAUGCGGUGACCUGGGAGACCAGUGGGAUGUACACCUAUGUGACCAUCCGAGGGCAGAGACUGGCAUGGCCAGGUGACAGCCCUGUGGUGCACGUGAAUGACCAGGCUGUCUGCAAGGUCACUUUCUGGAAUGAGACCAGCAUCAGGUGCCAGAUGGACUGCAUUGCCCCAGGGGAGCAUAACAUCUCUAUAUCCAACAGAAGAAGUGGGCAAGCUUGCUUCAGAAAUACAUCCAGUGUUCUCACCAUCACGCCUCAAGUCCACCAGUUUUACCCCCAAAACUUCAGUACCAAUGGUGGAGGCCUGCUCACUUUUGCAGGUGCAGCACUGAAAGGAAAGAGCAGGACAUCUGUUCUCAUUGGUCAGCAACCAUGCCUCAUCCUCAAUGUCACCUGUAUAGCCAUCCAGUGCACGGUGCCCCCAGGCAAUGGUGCUAGGGCACUGAGGCUGACAGUAGAUGGCAUCUCCUAUGAUAUUGGAGAAGUUAGUUACAGUGAGGAGUCUACGCCAGCUUUCCUUUCAUUUGUUGUGACUGGCCUCCUAUUAACAAUAAAUAUAUCACAGGUCAUGGAGAUGGAUGCCAUCCAUGUAUUUGUUGGAGACUCUGCUUGUAGGGGUGUCACCAUCACUCACUCGGAGCUGCAGUGCUCUCCUCCUCUGCUCCCUGCUGGUGAAUACCCUGUGGUGGGUCUGCAUGUCCCCAAAGGCUGGGCUUCCUCCAACCUGACCUUCAUCUCUCAGCUGAUGGUGACAGCUGUGCGUUGCAACUGGGGUGGCUUGAAUGGAGGAGUGGUUCACCUGCAUGGAACUGGAUUUUCCCCAGGGCAGACUUUGGUCACCAUCUGUGGCAGCCCCUGUGAAAUGUUGGGCAAUGAAACGACAACGAGCCUUAGCUGCCUUGCACCACGCUUACAAGCGUCCUUGGCCUUUCUCUGCAGCCUGACCCACUCCUCUGCCAACUGCCAAGAGGACAGAUCCACCAUUAUCAAAUGUGAUGUCCAAGUCAUGGUGGGCUCCUACCGCCAGCAAGGACCCGGGUCCUACCUGUACCUGUGUGGGGAGAGCCAAGCUCAGCAGCAGCAGGGGGACACCGGCCCUUCCCAGAGCCGCAUUGCUGGACUCGUUGCCAGCCCUAAAGUGGAAAGAGAUGAAGUUCUCAUCUAUAAUAGCUCCUGUAACAUUACCAUGGAAACUGAGGCAGAGAUGGAGUGUGAGGGAGCUAAUCAGCCAAUUACCGCCAAGAUUACUGAGAUAUGGAAAAACUGGGGCCAGAACACUCAGCCCGCCCUCCAGCUGUGCGGUCGCUGGGCCGAGGCUUCCAGCUGGCCCGCUGGCCGCCCGCCGCAAGAUGGCGCCAACGUCACGGUGGAAGCGGGCAGGACGCUGCUGCUGGGCGCCGCCACCGCCGUGCUGCACCUGCUGCACCUCAGAGGUGGCAAACUCGUGUUUACUGGUCCAGGACCUGUGGAACUACAUGCUCAUUACAUUCUGAUAUCUGAUGGAGGAGAGCUCCGGGUGGGAUCUUCCACAGCCCGUUUCCAUCACAGAGCACGCAUCUAUCUCUAUGGAAGCCUCCACUCCCCACCACUGUUUCCAUAUGGGGCCAAGUUCCUGGCAGUGAGAAAUGGGACCCUUUCCAUCCAUGGCUGGGUGCCCAAAGUCACUUUCACAUACUUGAAGUCAUCAGCUCUUGCUAACGACUUACGAUUAGUGCUCCAGAAACCUGUUGACUGGGAACCUGGUGAUGAAAUUGUGGUGGGAAGGACAGGUCUUGGAGAUGCACAGCAGCAAGAAGAAGUGGCCAUUAUUGAGUCUAUCAAUAGCACUGAGCUCUACCUUAGGUCACCACUCAGGUACUCCCACAACGUUGGAGAGGAAAGAGUGAAUGGCCAGAGCCUGCCUUUGACUGCUGUGGUGGCACUGCUUAGCAGAAGGGUUGUUGUUCAAGGGAAUGUCACGAAGGAGAGGAUCUCCCACGUCAGAGAGUGUGCAGAAGCAGGUGACACAAGAGGUGGCUCCAGGUGUCUGUACAAGCGAAGUGAGAGGCAGCUGGGGUCUCGGGACCUGGGAGCUGUUGUCAUUGUGGAAGCCUUCCAGGGAGCAACGAGUCAGCUGCAAGUGGAGGGGGUCCAGUUCUACCACAUGGGCCAAGCAUUUUGGCAGCAACGCAGUGCCCUGACAGUUGCUGGCAAUGCACAGAUGGCAGACUCUUACAUACGUGGUUGCUGUUUUUUGGACUCCUUUGGCCAAGGGCUCCAUCUGACUGGGAUCUCAAACCUUAGUGUAGACAGUAAUGUCUUCUUUAACAUUUCAGGACACGGGCUUCUACUGGGAAGUGGCCUGGAGAAGGGGAACAGAAUCAGAAACAACGUAGUGAUUGGCCUUUCUGCAAUGGAUGGUUUAUCCAACAUUGAGACUCUGUCACCAGCAGGGAUCUACAUCAGAGCUCCUGCCAACCACAUUGAGGGUAACACCGUGUGUGCUGCUGGAUAUGGGUAUUUCUUUCAUCUCUCUCCUGAGGGACCAUCCAAAAUGCCUCUCCUGUCCUUCAGUGAGAACACAGCCCACUCCUGCAUCAGGCAUGGGUUGCUUGUCUACCCAGAAUAUUUGCCAGACAGCCCAAACGGCCCCGUUCAGUUUGACAGCUUCACAGUUUGGAGCAGCCAAGGUGGAGCCCAGAUUUUCAGUAGCAGCAACCUCAAACUCCAAAAUUUCCGAAUCUAUGCUUGCACGGAUUUUGGCAUUGACAUCAUUGAAAGCCUGGGAAACACAGCUGUAGCUAAUAGUGUUUUAGUUGGACACAUUGGGCAAAAGGAUAAGACCUGCAUGUCAGCAGGACUGAAAACUCCCAAAAGAUUCCAGCUAUUCGUCUCCAACACAGCUUUCAGAAACUUUGAUAUGAGCACUUGCACAGCUAUCAGGACCUGCUCGGGCUGUUACCAAGGGCAGGGUGGGUUUACAGUGAGCCUUGAACAUCUGACGUUCACCAACUCACCCUUCCAAGUGUCCUUCCCCUUUCCACAUGCUGCCAUUCUUGAGGAUCUUGAUGGCUCUGUCACUGGGAAGGAAGGAAGUCGUAUUCUCCCUUCUACAGACAUCCUUGCGGCUUCCUGCACAACCAGUGCCAAUUUCAGCCAAGCUUUGGGUGGCAGUGUAUGCAGCAAGGACCUUGUUUUCCACCGUAUGUCUCUUUACUUAAGAGAGGCUCCAGAGACUCCCUACAAUUUAACUGUGAUUGACAGUAGGAAUAAGACAACCACAGUCAAUUAUGUCCCUGACACUCUCUCAGACCUGCAUGGCUGGAUGUGUCUGCUCCUGGAUAAAGAGACCUACACACUGACAUUUGACAGCCCUUCGGUCAUCAAGCAGCUCCAGUAUUCAGUCACAUUUAGCAACUUCACAACUGGAAAUUACUUGCUGGUGGAACACAAGGAUCUUCCUGCCCAGCCUGAGGUUGUGGUGUCCUGUGGGAAAAGGACUGGACAGCCACUCCAAUCUCUGCCUUCCUAUGGUCAUCACAGGAGCUGUGACUGGUAUCUCGACAGCACACUGAGGAAGCUAACCUACUUGGUCACAGGAGCUGACUUAAUUCAGCUGGAGCUGAAAGAGAAGGAAGGAGCCCCUUCACCUACAUCAGAUCCUUCUGAUUCUGUUUUGAAAUGGUCGCACCCAGAGACAUGGAAGGAUGUGGAAAAAGGCUGGGGUGGAUUCAACUGCAGCAUCCCAGGUCCAGGAGAAGACGUCAUCAUCUUACCCAACCGGACCAUCCUGGUGGACACAGAUCUUCCUCCUCUAAGAGGUCUCUACAUCCUUGGGACUCUUGAGUUCCCCACCAACUCCAGCAAUGUCCUGAGUGCAGCCUGUAUUGUGGUUGUGGGAGGUACACUGAACGUGGGUUCUUUUCAACAUCCUCUAGAAAGGGAUUCAAAGCUACUGAUCCUUCUUCGGGCAUCUGAAGGGAUUUACUGUGAUCAUCUGGAGGAAAUAAAUGUCCACCCAGGGAGUAUUGGGGUUUAUGGGAAGGUGCAAAUUUAUAGCUCUUAUCCUGGGAAGUCUUGGACACAUCUUGGAGCUAGUGUUGCUCCUGGCAAUGAAAGGAUUUUGGUGGAGGAUGAAGUGGACUGGAGGCCUGAGGGGGAUCUUGUGAUCAGCUCUUCCUCCUAUGAAGCCCACCAAGCUGAACUAGUUACACUUAAAGAAGUCAGUGGUCAUAGUAUAACACUCCAUGAACGCCUUAUCCACAGGCAUGUUGGGCAUCCCCAUGACAUUGAAGAUGGUAGAAGCAUCCCUUUGUCUGCAGAAGUUGGACUCCUAACACGGAAUAUACAGAUCAAGUCUGAUGUGCCUUGCACUGGGAAGAUACUGGUGGGACGUUUUACGGAUUCCAGUGGGAGAGAUUUUGAAGGUGUCCUUCAACUCUUAAAUAUUGAAUUUUUGAACGUUGGGCCUCCUCAACUUUCUGCUAUUGAAUUCAGGAAUGUAACUCAGCGGUCCUCAGUGGUGUCAUCCACCAUUCAUGGUAGCUGUGGAGUUGGCAUUAAAGCAGUCAUGAGCAAUGGGAUCUGCUUGCAUGAUAAUAUAGUGUUCAACACGGUCGGACCUGGCAUCGAUUUGGAAGGGAAAAACCAUUCUCUCAUCAGGAACCUCGUUAUUCUAAGCAGGCAGCCAGAGGGUUUAUUAAACUGGGUUGCUGGCAUCAAGGUGAAUCUUGUCAUUGGUGUCUCCCUCUAUGGCAAUGUUGUGGCAGGAUCUGAGAGGAUUGGAUUUCAUAUUAGAGGCCAAGAGUGUUUGCUGGAUGUUGAUUAUUGCAGUGAAAAUGUGGCCCAUUCAAAUCUUCACGGUAUUCAUCUGUACAGGGGAGAUGGAUUUCAGACCUGCACUAGAAUAACAGGCUUUCUGUCUUACAAGAAUUAUGACUAUGGUUUGAUGUUCCACCUUGGAAGCAGUGUCAUUAUAGACAGUGUGGUGCUGGUGGACAACACUGUGGGUCUCAUGCCAGUAAUACACUGUCUGUAUGCCAAGCAGUGCUACACGGGGAAAAGACUCCUUGAACUUAGAAACACUACCAUUGUUGGAACAAGCUCAACUUUUGACUGCGUCAGAGACAGGAUCAAACCUCAAGCAGCUGACCUAACUUCCAGGCAUCGACCACCAUACUACCUUCAAAGAGGCCGCGCUGGGAUUUUAUGGCCUAAAUUUACCACUGUGACCAGCCAGAGGCCAGAUAGCCCAUGGCACAGAAUUGUCCGCUGUCCAAAAGUGCUAGGACUCAUGAAGCUGAAAGACGUCACAUUUACUGGUUUUACAAAGAGCUGCCACGGCGAAGACAGGGAUGUCUGCAUCAUGUCAGAUACUGACCAUUCAGGCAUCAUGCCUCUUAUCACAUCAGAGAGAUCGAGGAUGUUACGUGUCAAUGAAAAGGAUAAGUUCUACUUUCAUGCAGCAAGCUCUGAAGACACCACAUUCCCUGAAAAGAGCUGUGAAGGCUCAAGAAAGGCCCUUGUCAAGGAUUUGGAUGGAAAUCUCCUGGACCUAGAACCACCUGUUGCUGUUUUCCCAAAGUCAGAAUUUGAAUGGACAAGGUUCUACUUGCAGUCUGGAAUUUACAGAGAUGACAGCAAAUGUGUCUUCAAGCCCUCAGUACAAGGCUACUUCUGCAAACAGGCAGACUAUGCAUUUGUCAUCCUGGAAAAUUUAGACACCAGCAUGGUCAAGCAGGAGCUGUUUCCAGUAGUAGCAGUGACUGGCAGCUUUAUGGAUACCUUCAGUGACGGAGCUUCAGAUGCAUCGUGUCGUUCUGCACAGCAUCCUUCUGCUCUCUUCUCUGUACUGCCAACCACCAGACUCACAACAGUUUGCUUCCCAGACCUAACGCCUCUGAUUUUCAGACUCUACCUCCUCAGUGGGCAGAACUCAACCAGACUGCCCCUUGCUAUUUUCUACAAUGAACCCCUCAGCCUUCGUGUCUUCACUGAAGGGAAAUAUAUCUCUCCAACUCCAUCUUCCUUCUCACGGAAUGAAGGGGCAGGAACCAAUUAUUUUAGCUUUGAGGACAAUCUUCUCUAUGUCCUUCUUCAUGAAGAGGAGCCUGUAGAAAUAGUCACUGGCCUUUCUCUUCAUGUGGCUUUCACUGUGACUGAGACCACUGGGGAAGAGGUUGAGGCAAAUAUCAUGCAUCAAUUGGCUGAUUUCUUGCAGGUUGGUCAUGAUCAAGUCAGAAUAGUCUAUCGGGUGCCGGGAGGUGAAAGCAUGUUGGAAGUCAUCUCAGACAAUGCUAGCAAAAAGAAAUAUCACUGCCCCAACAUGACGUUUUGCACGACCUUUCAUAGCAGAUCUGGAUCAGGGGGACGAGGGAAAGCAGCAGUAAAUGCUCGAGUUGUGCAGUCGUCUGAUGCAGCUGGUCCAUCAAAAGUGCUGAUUUUUGAAUUUGGCGAUCCACCAGGCCACCAAAUAAAUGAGUUCCAGCGUUCCUUAACAACUGACAGUUUAAAGAUCCUGGCUAGUGCAAUUAUCAAUGCUCAUCAGACUGGAGACCUUCAGACAGUCCUGGGCUUACCGGUUGAUACUAUAAUGGUGAAUCAGCCUGACUUACUGUUCUCAGGAAGAGAUAAUAGGAGCAGACAGCACCUAGGAACUUGUUUGUAUGUGAGGCCCUAUAGCAUCUCUGUUCACGUGCAGCCUUCAGAUGGAGAAACUGAAAAGCAGCUUCCUGUACAGCCACAAAUCGUUUUCCUGGAUAAGAAGGGUCGAAGAAUUGACACACUGGGGCCUCCCUCAGAACCCUGGGUUGUUUCAGCUCACCUCAAGGGCUCCUCUGAGGCUGUGCUAAAAGGGCUCACUGAAGUACAGGUGAUAGGUGGAUGUGCAAGCUUUUCCAAUCUGGCUGUCUCCAGCUCAGGCACCAACUGGAACCUCGUGUUCACUGUCACAUCACCACCAGGAGCUAAAUUCACUGUGCUAUCUCAGCCAUUUACCAUCUUCCCUGUGCCCGUUGAAGAGAAGGCCAGCUUGAUUCUUGUUGUCCUAAUGAGUGCAAUAGCAUCUGCAUUUGUCAUCACUCUUGUGCUCUGCUGGUUCAAGAAGAGCAAAAACAACAAAACGAGGACUAAGAGGACAGAUGUACCACAGGCCAGUACCAAGGCACCCCAAAAGCAAGCACAUCCUCAUGCACCUCAUGUCCAGCCCUGCUACGAUCGAAGACAGAAUGACAGUGGUGUUCCUGUAGCAGGAGAAGUGGAAGAGACUGGAGCAGUGAGACAUGAGGUGGGACAAGGGAAGGAGCUGAGCCCACAGCUGUGUGAAGCCACGCCAGUGAGAAAGGCAAAUGCCCUACAGCGAAAGACAAGUAACAGAGAUAUCUUCUCUUCAGCCAGGAAAGGUGGCAAUCACCAACAGCCUUGUGGAGGAACAGCUCCUGGGGGCUCUGUGGAGCUCCAACAGGCGUCUGUCCUGGGGUGCUCUGCCCAGAAGGAUGUCCCACAGCCUCCUGAUGGUUGUAAUGAGGAAAGAGGGAAUUUGGAUGCAGUGUACAGCCCUCAGGAGGAGGUCAGAGAGCAGACUGCUAUGGGAGCAGCAGCAGAGGGAUAUCAGAAGUCAUGUCAGGCAGUGGAGCAAUGACCAAGCAAGCUUUGCCUUUCUUGAGGUCACUGUGAAACUGUUUUGUCUCUGUGGUUGGAGGAGUGCACACAUACUGGCACAGAAAGCUGGACUGUUACGUUGUGCAUGUACUAAUGAACUUGUGAAAUUGCUCUAGAGCCAACUGGGGAACCAUGGCUAUGUCUAGGCUACUAAUCAUAGAGUCAUAGAAUCACUGAAUCAUAGAAUCAUAGAGUGGCUUGGGUUUGAAGGGACCUCAAAGCUCUCUUAGCUUCCAUGAAAAGUAGGUGCAGCCAAAUAACCCGUUGAGAAUAGUCCUUGGCUUCUGACACCCUGAAACUCAGCCUUUAAAACUUGUUUGGAGGAUUGCUAGCUGGGUCAGGCCAAAGGCAUUCAGAGAUUACCAAGCAAUUCAGCACUGCAGGUGGGGGAGUUUCCACACCCACAACCUCACAUUAAUGUGCUCACACUGAUGUAGUCUUAGUAGCUAGAGCAAUAUUGAUUGGAGUGUUUACCCAUACGUACACGUAUAUAAGAAUUUCUUCUGAUCUUCCCUCUCAAAGAAUUUCAGUAUGUGCAUAAAUCUUCUCCUUUUCCUGAGGAAAAAACAAAUAAGCAACUGUUCAGUUUCACUUCCAUGCUUGCCUAGUUAAAUCUGUGCUUAAGAAUACUUCUUUUGUUUGUCUUGUUUUUGAAACUGAAGUGUUUUGUUUUAUCGCUCCACCACGCCAUUAUUUUCUAACACCUUUAAAUCACUGACUUGUUAUGAACAGAACUGUUUAUGAGUGAUAAUAAUAAUACUGAUGUGCUUCAGCUGCUCAGAGAAUUCCUCUGUGCUUUGGUUUACUGAGCUGGAAGAUGAGGAACUUUAUUAUACUCGCUCUGUACCAUAAACUUCUUGGUUACAAUAUGCCCUGAUAGCACGAGCAAGAAUGUAUACUUCUCUGUAAGAAAAAUACUUAUUUAGGAAGAAGGUGAGAGACAUUGAUUUAAAGAAUAAACCAGGCUUCAAAUGCACAGAACUAAGAUGCAGGUGUUGUUUGGUGAGCUACUCAGUUCUCUGGGAAUGAAAGUCUUAUUCUAGAUCUUUAACCCAAAGGGAGCCCCAGUGUGUGCAAAAAUUCACAUUCCCUUGUUGUAAAGUACGUGCACCUUGAGUCCGAGCUGAAGGGUGAAGAUAUGGACACGCCUGAUGUUUAAAAUGUGAACAGGAUGUAGAAGGUUAAUGAGAAAACAGAUUAUGCCUUUGGAGACAUAGAGAACAGUCAGCUGCAGUUAUCAGACCCUACUGCCUAUAGGUUCAGCCAAAAUGGAAUAACUUCAUUUAUACUCACUGCUGAGGAUGCUCUUCAUCUGUAGCUCCCAAAGUGUGCUUUUUCUGGGCAUUUUGUAGGUAAGUUCUAACUGGAUCAGCGUGGAUAACAGCAGAGCAGUGCUUGAUCCCUGAUCCUUGUCCUCUUUUUGUCCAGCAGUGCAAGCACAGCCGUGAGGACUGAUGCACAUGUAUGAUCCCACCCACACUUCCCACUAAUAGAAGUAAAUCCUGUACUCAAGGCACUGAUCCUCUUGAAAUCAUGGCUUUGUAAUGUGAGAUCUUUUUGAUCUCAUCUAGAUUUCCUUUUUUGGAUGAGUUGAGUUUGGCUCUAAAAGCAUCUCCAAUCCACCAUGAGUUCAUAUCAUGACAUGUACAUUGGUUAGAUGAACCUCAGCCUGCCAGGUGUAGCUGGAUGCAGGACAGAUAUUAGUCACAAAAGAACAAAUAAUACCUUCCCCUCUUGUCCUUCUGUUACAGUGUGAGAAUUCAAGAAGGCCUGAGUUGAAAGGGUGCAUAGUGUCUGUGCUGCUGGAAAAGAACCUCUGUUGCUCUUUCAUUCUGAUCAAAGAGGCAAUAAUUGAACCAAUUAAACUGCAAAUAAGAUCUGACUCGUCUGCCAACUUUUAUUUCAGUUCCAUCCAGACAACUCUGACUUUAGUUGUAUUUUUGGGAUCUUUUUGACCUAUAAAUGAUUAUGGUGUCUUUCUGAUGUCUCUGCUGGAAGAAAGCUGCUAUAUUAAAGAAAUGUUCUCCAUAUCAGAUCAUCACAGGCUGAUAAAUAUUGGGCGCUGUGCUAUUAUUGAGUUUAUAAGUAUCAUUUUCAGGUAAAAUCAGAGGAAUUCCAGGCUGAGCCAGGCACCUGACAGUUUGUGCUGGAGCUUCUCUGGCUCAUGACUGCUGAGGAUGAGGGCCUUAUGUUCCAUGCAGUAUAUCAGCCGUUCUGACCUCUUCCAUGGAGGAGGACCAGGAGUUUCUUCUAACUUUUUCUGCAGAGGUCAAAAUAUUCUCUUAUGUAAAUCAACAUAGUAGGUCCCUCAUGGUUCACAGUCCAAAUAAGGUUUACCUUGCAGUGAUGUCCAGGCUUGGUGACAUGAUUUAAAGGCCCUUCUUUUCCUCCACAGCUGACACCCAGCUUUACUUUCACAUAGUAGAUCUUUUCCUCUCUGCAGACAUACAGUUCCUCCAACACCUGAGCCCUGCACUCCUCAGGUAGUUCGACUCCUGCUAGAUGACUCUAUCACAUCCAAGCAGAGUGAAAGCAAACAGCAUAUCACUAGAAAUGUCAGAAUUUAUGCAAAUGAUAUCCAGAUAAUAUUGAAUAUAAACGAUAUGCAGAAAUUAAACAGUAGAGCCUUCUUUGGGGGAAGAAGACGACAUAUUGGAAAGAGUUAAGGGCUUUGAUUAAUCCUUUAAUUCAUAAUCCUAGCAUUUAUCAAAACUUUGUUUACAGAAUAAGUAAUGUCUUGCAUGUCUAAUGGAGUAAGCAGGGGUAAAUAACAUUUAAUUGCAGUAUGGUUGAUCUCAGUUUCCUGCAUCACUGUGCAUUAAUUGAGUGAGUGGUGGAGCAUGGGAAACAAGUGUGGAAAAAGUGAAGAAAACGUGAUGAGAAUUCAGUGCAAACACGAAGUGAGCCCUAAAUAAAUAAGAAAUUUGAACACUCGUGUGUGUGGGAAGGAAAUCAUCACGGUGAUCAUGAAAGAAAUAUGAUGUUAAAUAGUGGUCGAAGAGCAUGCUGAUGAAGGAGGUUGUGUCUUUUCUAUAAAUAGCUGCUCUUAGACUAAUAGCAAAAAUACCUGGUUGAAAUUGAAUCUUGCUUCUCUGUGGCUUAGGCAGAAGCAGACUUGUUUUGAGAACUUUACCAUCUGGACAGGCAAAGGCAAAACAGACUUACAAGGAACACAUGGCUAGCUGCACAGACAUUGCUGAGCUGCCCAAGCACUGUAGAAUCAUAGAAUUAUUUGAGUUGAAGGGGCCUUUAAAGGUCAUCUGUUUUCUACUCCCUGCAAUGAGCAGGGACACCCGUAGCUCCAUCAGUGCUCAGAGCCCCAUCCAGGCUGACCUUGGAUGUCUCUGGGACACGGCAUCCACUACUGCUCAGGCCAGUGCCUCAUUGCCAUAAUUAUUAUUAACUUCUUUCCUAUAUUCAGUCUAAAUCUCCCCUCUUUUAGUUUGAAACCAUUUCCCAUGUCCUGUCACAAUAGACCCUGCUGAAGAGUCUGAUCAGUGCUUUUGGUGAUUUUGCCCAAGACCCUUAACGUUGGCAUUCUGGAGUUGUCCUUAAUCCUUUUCCUGAGAUUGGGCCAACAGCAGCACCAAUCUCCACCUUUGCAUGAUGGCUUUUUAUGGAUAAGGCUGGAUGCCCAAAUACCCCUUGAUAUGAAGGCAGUCUGAAAAAAGUGGUGAAGAUGGAAUGGGGUAGGGAGGUGGUGGAAGGAGACAGAUGAGAAACCACAGCAUGACAUGUGGGAUAUCCAUGAGGGAACGGGGAGUCUUGAUAGAUCUGAGAUUAUGAAAGCCUUCUGGCCCAGCUGCAGGGGAUUCAGAUGAAAGGAGCUCCCUGUUUUAAGUUGUCGUUGUCCAUCUUCUGGUGAGAAAAGACAGGAGGAUUUUGUCUCAAUCUCAGCUUUUUGAAGCAGUCUAAUGGCAUGCUGUGGUGAAGACAUAUGCUCUAAUGUGGCCUGCAUUGAGGCAAACUGCAAGGGACGGAAUCUGCUAGAGAAGGACUGGUGAGGUAUUGACCUCCAAGACCCAAACUCUUUCUUGACAGUCAUGUUAAAUGUCAGUGAAACUGGGAAAGUUUGGCUCUGCUGCAGCUAAUAGCAAAUAUUUCAUUGAAUUUGCUGGGUUUGGGGUUUCCACCCACUCUGCUUGACACCUUUUUCUGUAAUCCCAUCAUGUCCAAUGCCACUCAGACUGUAUUGUUAUACAUAAGGGUGUAGCUGAAAAGGUGCCUUAUUUUUAACCUUGCUCUCCAGGAUUUCCUGACUUCCUAGACAAUGCUAUUGUCAAAAUUAUUCUUUCUUUUAUUUUUAUUUUUAUUUUUUGUCUUUUCCCUUUUAUGGAAGUGGUAUUUUUUCCUCUUAUGUCUGAAGCAGAGGAGUGCAUUACAGACAAAUUUGCCUAAGGCUUUGGGCCAGAGCUGAUGAGACUUCACGAAGAUACAGGAACAGGCACAUGGAUAGAAAAGAGAAAGUCUGUGAAAAAUUAAAAUGACAAGGCUGGUUAGGGAGCGGAGAUAACUGGUGAUGUAGUGAAAUUAAUUACAGUCUGGGUUGAAGGAAUUGUGUGCCUAAGACAAAAUUAAAAAAAAAAAAAAAAAAAGAAACCAAAUAACAGCAAUGGGAUUAUAAACCCUUUCAUCAUCUCUAUAUGGUAUAACUGUUUAUUAUGGCAGUUAUUUCUAUAACAUGAGAGGUAACAAUGGCAAGGAAAGGGGGUGAAUCUCCCCUCAAAAAGUGCUGAUUCUGCAGCAAAAAGCCUAAUUGAGAGUGGAAUUACAUAAACAAAAUAUCCUCCAGUGGACUAGGAACUGUAAAAGAAAACAUUUACUUUAUCAGUAAUGCUGUCUGAUGCAACACUCCAACGCUAAUCAUAGAAUGAUAGAAUAUUUUGACUUGGAAGGGACCAAUAUAACGGUAGGCACUCACUGAUUAUACAGACUCACAGAAUUUUUCAUUUUUCAUUUAAUUAUUUGCAACCAUUAUGCCUAUGCCAAGAGUUGAACGGAUACCAGCUUUGUACAGACAGAAAGAGCCUGACCAAAAAUGUGGGAAAAGUUGAGUGACCAUUUGUUAUGAAAACAAAACAGUAAAAAGAUGAUGGGGAGACCCAGACAGGGUGCAGGAUCAUUCCAGUAUUUCUCAUUCACUGGCAAAGUGUCCUGGCAUGGUGAGUUCUCUGGUAUGUAGAAGGGGUGAAAUAAAGCAUUUAGCAAUGGAGGUUGAAAUGUCUUUUGGAGGAGGAUGAUCAGUGGGGUGUUUACCCUCUACUUUUAUUUUCUUUAUUCAUUUUCUUUUUUUUUUUUUUUUUUUUUUUAAUUAUUUUACUUUACAUUGGGACCAACAAAAAGUAGAAAAGGAAUAGGAAAGAAAAACUGAAAAGACAACACUGCAAAAUUGGUGAUACGUAUAAAUGCAUACAUACACACAUUAUAUGUAUAUCCAUACUAUACAUAAAUAUAAAUAUGCACAUAGAUAUAUGCAUAUAUAUAUAUAUAUAAAACUACUCAAUUUAUCCUUAAUUUUAUGCUCAAGGUGAAAAAUAUGAUGCACAGAAAUCAUAACAAAAUGGAGGAUGGUGUGAAAAAAGCGUCUGAUCUUUUCAUCCUUUCUCUUCACUCUCACUGAGGUAAAUAGUUUUAUCCUAAUAUGCUCCUAUUACAUCCUGACAGGUUUGUCUUAGGUGCUUCAUUUCAAAGCUUUUUCUCUCACAAUAGAAGAUAAAUGAGAAAUAGUUUGUAUUGCUGAUGAGUUUGGCUCUAUUUGCAGUUAUGAACGAAGGCCAUGACAGAGGAUUGCAUAUAAACUUCAUAAACCUUUAAAUAGUUUCCAUGUUGGAUCAGACCAGACACUUGUGCUGAGGGCUGCUGGUGUUGGAUAUUUGGAGAAAAAUAUGACCAAAAAGGAAAUAUAAGGUGAACAUUCCUUGGAUUUGACCUUAAGCAAGAAUAGACUUCUGGGACUGGUGGUUGCAUUGGCAUUUUGGAUGGACCCAUUUUCCCUGAAUGUUUUAUGAAAGUACAGCGUUGAAUUAUUUAUAUCCUAUGAGUAAAAAAGAAAUUAUUUUGGCUUUUGUUUUAAAAGUACUGCUGUGUAUUUCCCAAGUUUUGUUGCAUGAAUAAUGGGGAGAAAUUCUCUUUUUCUAGAUGUUCAGCCUGUUCCUUCAAGUCAGAGUCCCAUGGGAUGGAGAGAACAGAUAAGGGUUCCCCACAGGAGCAGAAGAGGAGAAUAUAUACUCAGUCCUCCCAAAGAAGAGCUCUUUGCCUCUGGAUUUAUGCAGUGAAUCCCUAUGCAUGCAAGGCCAUUGGUCAGAGAAACAAGCUAGAUGUGAGCUGAGCACGGAGCAUGCGCCAAAAAGCUCUGCUGGGGUGGGUGUGGGUUACCUCAUUCAUUUCCCUGGAGGUCACUUGUCCAUCCCCAGCAAUGGGUUAGGUGUGGUUGAAUUAAUUCAUACCUUCACUCCUGCUGCAUCUCUGCCUUGCAAAGUACAUUGCACGUGAAGCCAGUGCCCAAGACAUGCCAAGCCUUGCAGCCAUCAAAGGCAGCACUGUUAAAAAUAACCCAUUUCUCCUCUCCCCCCACUCCCUUGACUGUCUCUCCAUGUCUAGGUGCUGACAAAAGUUAUUUGUCGUAUUCCCUUCAUUCGGUGAGUGACAGGAGACUGGUGUCAAGUGAGAAAAUGAAAUGUAAAUUUUAUUAAACACCUUCUCAUCUCUGUGUAUCAAUCCAGAUUCCAGCCUAACACAGCAAAUCAAAUCCUGUCUUCGCCAGGCCUGAGGGCACACAGAGAAUCAUUUCUCCUUAAUACCAUUCCCUCCUAGUAAAAUAUUUUUCUGUUUAGUAAAUGAAAAUUUAAAAUGCAAACCCUAUUUUAAUCCCUGAGAAAAGAUGUGCGUCGCAGGGAGAAAGAUGCUGUAUUUCAUUCUGUUACGCCUUGUGCUUUCUUCUUGUUCUCAGACCCAGCAAUGAUGAUGAGCAGAAGCAUAAAUUGUGACUCCGAUUUCAGUCUUGCCCACUGGGAAUCUUUAUCUUCAUGUCCACCACUGGGCUUAGUAGCACGUCCAAAGAUGAUACAGCAUCCACUUGUUCAAUCUAAAAUUGUAUGGUAGAUUAUGUGAUGAACCGAAGACUAAGUCACUGUUCCCAAAUGAACAGGAUCAGAAGUUGCUCGCUGUGGGUCAUAAUGCCUCUGUUUCUUUAAGAGUGAGACUUGUGGAGUAUGGUAAGAUGGUUAAAUUUUCACUGAGGGAAUCUUUUAAUUCUUCUUUUUGAUGAGCAAAAUCGAGGUUGAUUUGAGUUCUUUGGUAGUCACCAACUGAAUAAUUGGUUUGAUUAACGGCUGGAAACUGCAGCAUAGGAAGUUCUGCACCAAUGUGCGCAAGAACUUCUUUACAGUGAGGGUGACGGAGCACUGGAACAGGCUGCCCAGGGAGGUGGUGGAGUCUCCUUCUCUGGAGAUGUUCAAGACCUGCCUGGAUGCCGACCUGUGCGACCUGCUGUAGGGAACCUGCUUUGGCAGGGGGGUUGGACUCGAUGAUCUCUGGAGGUCCCUUCCAACCCCUACAAUUCUGUGAUUCUGUGAUUCUGUGAUUCUGUGAAUGUAAAUAUUUUUUUGCAGUUGGUGACAGUAUGGAAACAUGUAUAUUUAAUAAAGCUGUGUAGAGGUGGAAAUAGAGAUGGAGAGAAUAUAGAUGUGAGAUAAAGCCUGUACACAUGACUCAUUCUCCUCCUCUCCCCGUACCUUCAGGAGGUGACACUGCAGAAUAGUUUUAUCAAAGUCAGUGAUUAACUGGUGCUUUGUCUGCAUGUGUGGUGGUGGAAACACUGGGUCACUGCUCUCUGAUGACUUGGUGAAGGACCAAAGCCAAGACCUAAUUUUCAUCUGAACUCCAUGCUGCUAAUUAUUACUAGUUAAGUGUCUGUUCUAAUCUUGUUCUUCCUCAUAUAUAGUUAAUAGAGACAGAUAUGCUCUCCAGAGGGUACUUCACUUCACUUCCCAUAUACAGCCAUCACAGGAUGAGCUGAAUCACCCUCUGGAAGUGGUUGUCUCUCUGUGGGGGUUACAUGAAUAGCUGAGAUGAGAUGCUGGCUUCUCAUCUUGUCAAGCAGGCAUUUCAGUUGAAUCUGUUUGUGGUCUUCCUAAAGAAUCAUAGAAUGGACUGGGUUGAAAAGGACCACAGUGAUCAUCCACUUCCAACCCCCUGCUAUGUGCAGAGUUGCCAGCCACCAGACCAGGCUGCCCAGAGCCACAUCCAGCCUGGCAUCCCUAGAUAGAGCACAUGCUCCUUACUGAGCAGCUCCUAACACAUUGUAAAAUCUGUAUUUGAUGGGAAAAAGGGCUCUAGAGUGCACAAAUGCAGUAUGAGUAAGUAUUAAUUAUGAGGUCAGUCAGUGUUCUCAGUUUGCUGGUCCAAGAGUUGCCCACAGCACAUGUAUUCAAGGAGGCUAAAAGUCUGUGCAGUGGAGAAAAUUGUAGUAAUUCUAAAGAAAAUGUAUUUGUAAUAAAUGGAAAAUUAUCUUGUUAUAUUCUUUUUUAAAUUCAAGGUUUUCCUUCAAAGGGAAGUAGAAAGCUCUAAUCACAGUUUUUCCAACCUGUCUUGAAGGAGAAGCUGUGCUAUGGUACAUGAAUCAGGGACAGAAUGCAUGAAGCAGGGAAGAGUUAAGUAACACACCGAAGCUUGCAGCAGGAACAAGUGGGAAAAAAAUCAUUAAAAGCACCCAUUUCCCUUGGCUAUCUGUCCUCAGACAAAUUCUCUACACCAUUUUUGUUAUCUAAGCCUGUUUUGGAGAGGAAAACUGUCCUCGGCUCAAGUCUGCAUCCUGCCACCAAUUCCCCUCUGCAACCUUAGGCCACUCAUUUAAAGUCUCUGCCCUUCAGCUCCUCAUGAGCAAAAUGAGAAUGCUAAUGCAGCUUCUCCAUACUGCAGUCCACUCUGCCCACUUGGGCUGCAGGGUCCUCUGCACCGAUGCUGUUGCAAAAUAAUUAUUUUCCAAGCACGGUUGAAUCCUGGCAUCCUUGAAACAAAAUGGUAAGAACAGUGAUUUUAAUCAUAACAGAAAUACAGAAAUAGAAAUAAUAAACGUAGCCAUACUGGUUUUACUUGCAAGGUGCUGAGGGUUAAAGGAGGAAAAGGUGCAGUCUGUGCAGCAGAGCUGUCACGUCACACAAAUUGCCAGCUUCCCUAAUAUCACCAAUCCCUCCUCCGCCUCACCAACUUAAAUUCUCCCAUGCCUCAAGGUAGGUGGGUGUUGGGACUCAGUGCUCCAGAUACAUCCACACCGGAGAUCAGUCAUUUCACACCGCCACUGGGCUUCUUUACUAUUCUAAUACAGAACCGAUUGCACACUAUGACUAAUAAUGUUGGCGGUAUGAAAGAAUUAUUUAUAUAGAGACUGAGAAAGGCCUCCUUGGAUUUCUAGACAGGACAGUCUUGAUUUGGAGAGAGCAAAGCAUAAAAUAACUGCAGGGCCAUUUCAGACUGCAGUCGGCUCCAGGAGGAGAAUUGACAAUUGGCGUUUGAAUUCGGUGUAUGCAGCUGUAUGGAGCGUGGCAAACUUUCUUCCUUCAUAGAGAGAAAUCCCCCAUCCUCAGAAAGAGAGGUACAACUAGUGAAUGCCUCUCAACAUAUGCGUGUGGAAAAUAUUCUGCCAAUUACAUUGAUAGGGUUUUUUUUUCUGCUGAGGUUACGUGUUCACUUAAUACAGAUAAUGCUAUUAAAACAAUGGGAAACCGUGGGACAUCAGACUUACUGCAUGAUGAUAUUUUGCAUUGCAAACCUAGAGGAAUAGUGGAUGGUGGAUGAAAAAAAGUCUGACAGGCUCAAAUGUUAACUCUAAUGUUUAGAGAAUCAUAGAGCCAUAGAACCACUAAGGUUGAAAAAAAAAAACCACUGAGAUCAUCCAGUCAAAUCCCAACCCAGCCCCACCGUGCCCACUGAGCAUGUCCCUCAGUGCCACAGCUUCUUGAACUCCUUCAUGGAUGGUGACUCCACCGUAUCCCUGGUCAGUCUGUCCCAAAAGUCACUGCUGAGCUUCUGUUUCUAAUCUGGUCACAAAGGGAUCAGUUUUUGUCCAGAUGAUAUUUUAGUGAUGUUUCACCUAUAAACCCAAAAGCAAUCUAAAAGCUGGUAAUCACCCAACUGGCUAAUGAGACAGAGAUUCAGGGAAUGACAAAUAAAUAAAUAAAUAAAUAAAAAACACCACAGGAGGACAUUAAAAAAGUGAUUUUAUUUCACUGAUACUGUUUCUAUUAUGAUAUAUAACACAUCAAGUUCUUCCAACCCACGCCAUUCUAUUAUUGAUUCUGUCGAUUCUGUGAAUCAAAAAAAUGGUAAAUAAUGGAUGUAACAACAGCCAGCUGUGUCUCUUUUGGUCUGAUUUCAGAGACCAUCCAAGCCCAUGGUUCAUUCUCUGGAUGUCCAGAUUUAGAUGAACUAUAAAGGAUAAAUGUGGUUAAUUUUCUGUUUAUGUUUGUGCUGAAAAUCAAGAAGCUUUGUCUAUAAAGCCCCUUUCCAAAGCCAUUUCAACAUAGAACCAUAGAAUGGUUUGAGUGGGAAAGGACCAUUAAAGGCCAUCUGUCCCACUCCCUGCACUGAACAGGGACACCCACAGCUCCAUCAGUGCUCAGAGCCCAUCCAGCCUGACCUUGGCUGUCUGCAGGGAUGGGAAGAUGUGCUUAGUUUAGUUCCUUGUCAAAUCUGUGGAGCACCAACAGUGGUGGACCUACAUAAUCUGAGGCAAAAGACAGUCAAUUAAAUCUACACAAGCAACUUUGAAUACCUUACACUUCUGUUAAGUUUAUAAGUGCUAUGUACUCUCUCUGAGUAUUUGCAAUGAGAAGACUGGAAAACCUGAGCUCAGAUAUAUGCUCACUUUUCAGGUGAUCUCUGACCCUUCUGUGAUUUAGUAGGUGAAAAAAUUGAGUAGAGAAGGAAUUCAAUGGCUUAAUGCAAGUGAGUCUUUCCAAUCUAUACAUCAUAUAUGAUACAUAUAAGUCUCAGUGACACUGCUUAAUAAAAGUGUGUAUUACACCAAUUAUUACAGAUUGGAGUCAUAUUCUUGAAUUACGCUUGCUUCAGAGACUACGUUAAUGCCACCUCGAUCUUAACCACCAUGGAAGUUUCAGAGAGAACAGAAAACUAAGACUAUCCUUCAAAAGCACUGCACAUUCACUCCCCAUGCCUCUGAGGAUCGGUGAGGCAAAUAUCCUUCAUCUUCAGGUUUAUUUAUUGGUUUAUAAUAUUCCUGGAUCGCAUAAUAGAGAGAUGUCUACCAAUGCUCUAGAGAAAGCACUGUUUCUCAUGAAUUUUAUACACAUAAUUUCCUUUGGGAAGUGCUAAGUAUGAUACCUUCUGAAGGACUAUGUGGAAAAUUCAUGUAAAUAAGGCAAAAUGGAUUCACGGCUCCAGCCUGCAGUCAUCUAGUGAACACCAUUUUGAGAAAUGAAAGCUCUGAGGACUCAAAAUGUGGACAUUUUCUUUACACACAACAGGCCAUGGUACAAUACAAAGGCUUGCUGGUUCCCAUUUGUAAGAUGACAGAUCAAUGUAUUCACAAAGAUCAUUUUGCCUUUAUGUCACCACAUAGAAGAAAUCCUUUGCACCUUGCAGUGCUUCAGUUCAUACCAACAUGACUCCCUACCUGUGAAGACCUUCUAAUGCCACUAUCAUGCUAAGAAUUGCAUUCUACAUGUCUCCCUGUGCUUAUUCUUCAGGUCAGGGCUUUGUGCCAUUUGUUGCAUAAUUACACUGACUCUUCCAGUGUUGCUCCUUCAACUUGAGUCUCCAGAUAUAAAUAACGUUUUGCACCAUGGCUUUGAGUGAGUGGUGCAAGUGGAGAUGAAGGGCAUCAGUUUGUUUACAUGCACACAAAAAGAGGGCAGAAAGAAAUAAAAAUAGAAUAGCCAUCUUGGCUCCCAGAGGGUUAACCAUCGGUUUAGUCUUCCUGCCUGUCAUCCACAUUAGUUACAUCUUCAGUAGAGAAAGCUUUGCGAUGCUACGUGCAUUUCAUUUCUAAUUUUCCUCUGAUAUCCAGUAUUAUUAAUGUAUGCACACAUUUGCUUUAGUUUUUUUUCUUUCUUUGAAAAUUAUAUGUCUCAAGCUGUCAAUGCUCAUCGUCUAUAUACCAAAAAUUUUUGGAGAACAUUGACUAAAGUUGUCUUUUUUCCACCAGUUCAUAGACAAGUGACUCAUCCAAUCAGAAAUUUGUCAUUUCAGUUCUUUCCAAAACAAACAAUUUGGAAUCUGAAAUAUUUCUUCAUGGCCUUUUCUUUUUAUGUAAGGUACUUGACUUGACUGGUAUGAAGGGCAUUGUGGCAGAAUAUUACUAUUGCUGAGAAAAGAAGUAGGACUGACCCAGGCUGGAUGGGGCAUUGAGCAACCUGGAUCAGUGGGAGUUGUUCCCUAUAGCAGGGGGUUGGAACUAGAUGGUCUUAAAGAUCCCUUCCAAACCAAACCAUUCUAUGACUCUAUCACCCUACAGGGACCUACUCUGUACAUAUAGUGUUACAACUCAGGGAAUGACUCAGGAAGGAAAUCUGGCAAAUAGAGCAAGGAGGUGGGCAGGGGAAACCAAGGACCGUAUAUUGCUUGGGACUUGUUCUCUUGGCCUGCAAGGUGAGAACAUCUUUUAGGAAAGGAAUUGGAAGCUGUGGUUAUUGGUAGAAAUUUUCCCAGUAAUAUCCAUGUGCUGAGUGCAGGUGUGAUUAUUUUCAUUAUUUUGUCUGAUGAAGUAUGAAGUUUGUAUGUCUGCUGGCUGAAUGCAGGGAAGCGACUUGUCUGUCUUUGUUAAACCUUCCAUCUUCAGACACACAUCCACCAAGAGAAACGCCUGAAAAUUUGGACUGUUAUCAAGUAGAAUGUCUCAAAGAAUUGCUUAUUUUAUCCCAUCUCCUGUAAAUCUAAAUAAGUAAGUACGUAAGUAUGAAAGUAAAUAAAGGCUGAAUGGUAUUGAUUCAAAUGCUACCAGGGGACGGUGUGACCUAUACAAAAUAUAUGUCUGUCAAAUGGGAAUUGCUCUCAGUAGGAAUCUUCUAGUUUUUGCUCAAGAUUCCUCUAAUUUAAAAGCAAUAAAAGCAAUGAAGAGCUUGAGCUUUGAUGGCAGAACAAUAUUUCCAUAUCUUCUGUAAGAAAAAAAUAAUCUAAAAAAUAACAGUGAAGACAAACAGCUAUCUUGUUUUGAUUUCAGGAAGAAGUUCAGAAAGCAUGUGAAAUUCAUAGCUGAUGGUUCCUGUAGAAUUUUACAGUUGCUUAAAAUUGUCUUGUGGACAAAUAGAUACAGUUGAUGCAUUUCCAACAACUAUUUCAGAUGGGAAGAACCUGAGAUUUUUUUGUUUGGCAUUGUAUAAAGCCCCUGUAUUUCAUUUGUAGGUUGGCAAGGUGAAUCAAACCUUGAUAUUUUGACUCUGAUAUGACCUCAAAAUCUUCAGUAUAACAGACCAGAGAGAUGGAAUCCAUCGGACAAAACAUCAUCUCACAGCUUAAAAUCCAAUUCUCCCAAGAUGCUGCUUGGAGACCAACA